AUGAGAGGGGGCAUGGGCACCACGUCCGUUCUCCUGGCCGUUGUUGGCCUUUGGGUGCACGUUUUGCCCCAAGCGACUGCGGGGACGUAUGAGGAAUGGAUACACACCAUUGAGGUGGCUGGUAUACAGCGGAUGUACACCCAGGAGAUGCAAAAAGAGUUUCUCCUCGUCGCCGCGAAUUGCAAGCCGGAGGAGAACAGGCAAAAGUUGGUUAGCAGCAUGAACACGUACCACCAGAACAUGCUUGAUCUCAGAUUUGGGAAUGCGAGUGAGAAGAUUGUUGCAGCGUACAACGAGUACAUCGAAAAAGAUUUGAAUUACUUGUGGUCCCGAUGGGUGCCGCUGAGGGAACUCCUUGCGAGCCAAAUGGACACCAUCUUCGAUGGUACUGGCGUCUCCAACCGAUCAGCUUUGGAAGUGAUGAGCUACCUCAGCAAGCCCUCAAUCGAGCUGUGGGACGAAACUUUGCGAUUGAUGACCGAGGCCGCGUGGUAUGACGGGGUGCCCACCAACGGUCUCGUCAUGGACAUCGCUGAGAGGCAGGUCAUGCUUGUCCACAAGAUGGGCAAGGAGAUGCUGAAAGUCGGCCUGGAUGUGAAUGCUUUGGAUAACAUCGCGAACCUCGAAGCUACGAAAGAGCUGUUCGAAGCUUCUCACGUGGGGAUCAUCGCAGGAGCAUCAUGGGCCGGUGUUCCACCGCUGCGGAAUGUGUGCACUUUGAACCAGAUGAGGGAGGUCUCGUACUACUUCGAAAAACUGGUACCAACCAUCCUCGAGGUUUUUGCAGCGCGCUCGGCGGAGGAGAGCGUUAUCCGGGCAUCAGAUUCGAUUAAGAACAUAACAACGCUGAGCGAUCCCCUCAUUAAGGCGAUGAAGGUCGCGGCAGAAAUGUACAUCUAUGAGCCGAACACAAGUACCUGCGUCGACCCGAGGGAUCUUUCGGACGACAACUGGCGCACGGCGAUCCUCGCUGCCGAGGACCAGAACUUUUUCUGCGCCCAAGCAGCUGCGCUGUUCAUGCAAACCGUGCUCGGCUUCGCUGUCUCUGCAAGCAAGGUAGAGCUCACCGUCCUUCUCGACACGGCAUCACAGAGUCUACAGGACCUGGUGGAAGGAGACCGCGACCGUGGGCUCGUGGCCCCGCCGAAGCAGAACAUCGUCAACCGAUUGGUCGCUGUGCAAAAGACCUGGCGGGAUCUCGACUUGGUCCUCACCGCUUCGGUUCGUGCGGAUGUCAUUGUACCAACCACGGUGUCGGAAGUGGCCAGGCUUGCUGACAAUGUUUUGUUGGACAUGGUCACUGCUGUGGAUAAGUAUGUGGAGGCCGCGGAGGAAGCGGAGACGCCCGUGCCGGUCUAUGCUCUGGACCUCGCAGGCCGCCAAAGAACCUAUAUCCAGAAGAUGGCGAAGGAGACCGGCUUGAUUGGCUACGGCUACGAUGUGGAGUACAACUGGGGUGGAUUGAACUCCUCCCGGGAGACUUUCAUGAGGCAUCACUGGAAGCUCUUAGAGGGUGCAGCGGCUACUGGAUCCCAUCCGGCGGUCCCGAUGACGACGGAGGUUUGCAUAGUGCAGAUCAUGAAGGAAAUCGCCGACAAGUAUGGCGAUUUCGAAGAGGCGGCACUUACAGUGGCGAACGGCAACCUUGCCGACAUGCAGCAGCUAACCCAGUUGAAUCCGGAGAUUAUCGCCCUUCUUGACAUCGCAGCUGGUUGGUUUGGUGACCCUCGUGACAAGACCUGUGAAGCCCCUGUGCUCACCGGCCUGGAGUGGCAGGGCCUCAUCAACGAAGUCGGGAGCAUGAGAGCAAUGAGCCAAGAAGCUGCAGGUGAUUACCUCCUGUCGCACAAUCGCAAUGGCACAUCGGCGCAAGACGGCCUGAUGAAUACGAAAGCACGGAUCGACUCUCACCUGUGCCAUGGGUUACCGCACCAUUGCCAUUUGUAA